AUGAACAGAAAUAUUGUGUAUAAUUUUAUAUUAAUAUUUAUAAUAAUCCAAUGUGUUAAAUCUCAAGACAAUGAUCCUGAUCAACCACCAGAAGAAGAAGAAGAUGACAACUUUGAAGUUUCAGAUCUAGAUGAAAUAAUUGAGGAAGAAACUGCUGGAUUUAUCAAUCCUCAAUACCAACCAGAAUAUCAACAAUUACAAGAAUCUCAAUAUCCAACCCAACCUCAAACUCAACCCCAACAACAUGAUUUUUAUCAAUCUUAUGAUCAAAUUCAACCCCAACAUUAUCCAGAGUAUCAACCAGAACAAUUUGGUCAAUAUCAACCUCAACAAUAUGGACCGUACCAGACACCUCAAUUUCAGACUCAUCAUAUAGCGCAACAACCAUAUGAUCAUCAAGAUUAUGUACCGCCAACUAGUCAACAAGCACCUAUUCAAACAGUAACUCAACAACCACAACAGCAUUAUGUACCUUCAGCACCUCAAACUCAAACACUGACUCAAACCCAAUCAUAUGAUCAAUAUCAACCGUAUGUACCCGUAACUCAAUUUCAAAUAUCUGAAGAACAACAAAUAUCUCAACAACCUCAAACAACCCAGGAACCUCAAUAUCAGUAUUACUUACCGGAAUCCCAAGAUCAAUAUGGAUAUCAACCGCAAUAUGAAACACAAUCUCUUUAUGAUACUGGUCAACAACAAAUAACUCGCCAACCAGAUCAGUAUUAUGAUCAAUAUGAAUCAACACCUCAGGUACCUCAACAACAAUAUUACGAACCACCUCAACCUCAACCAACUCAACAACCACAGUAUCAGUAUUACGGACCUCCUACGCUUUAUCAACCCACUCAACCACAGUAUGAGUAUUAUAUACCACCAACUACUCAACCUCAACAAUCAGAAACUCUGGAAGAGGAUGAUUUCUAUAUGACAGAACAUGAUCAACCAAUACAGGAACCUGAAACGGUACCUGAAACUGAAGCUGAACCACAAACUCAAUCAGAAACGAGCAAGAUCAACAAGUACAACCCCAACAAACUCAAAAAAAAAGAAAGGAAAAAAGAGAAAACAAAACCAAUAUCAGAACAAACCAAACCGACUCAACAACCUCAAAAAAAAGAAAGAAAAAGAAAACGUAUUGGUGCUCCAGGUGAAGAACAAUCAGAAAAACCAAGUGGAUCAGAAGGUGAUCAAAAAGUACCUAGAAGAAGGAGAAGAAGACCUAUGAAACGUAAAGUAUAUAACGAAAUAAAAUUUUUUAAAAUUGAUUCAAAAGGAAAACUCGUAGAAAUGACUGGUCGUGACUAUGAUGUUACAUUUGAUGAUCGUGAUAAAACAAAAUACAAAUUUAUUUCAAAUCUUGAGCAAAUAGUAAGUGAUGGUGAAAUUAUUUAUAAGCAUUUUUACGGAAUGCCAUAUUGUUCAUUACUAAAUCACAAUAGUGGUGGAUUUACAUUAGUUAAAAAAACUGAUGGAUCAUGGACAACAACUGAUGCGGUGAUUCCAGAUUUUGUCAAAAUGUUCACAAAAGAUUCUUUAGGCAAUGAAAUUAUAAUAAAUAGUGAUCAAUAUACUGUUACUUUUACAUCAAGCGGAUCUUUUAGAUACACAUUCCUCCCAGGCGUAAAAUGCUAUGUAAUAGUAGUUGCUGGCCUAGUUGCAUGGGAGAAAAAUGAGGAAGAUGAGGAGGGUUUUCCCUUAUUCUUUUAUAUUACACAACAAUUGCGUGUAUUGCUUAACUUUGAAAAUUAUUUUAUAAUCAUUGAAAGGAGGGGGAAAAAAUAUCAAUACAUCCGCACUAAAUUUACUUCCGGUAGAUCUAAAUACAAAUAA